UGGAAACCAGGUACUAGGCUGCCUGAGCCCCCUCUGAAACAACUCUGUCUGACGGGUCUCGUUCCGGGAAGGGAAGAGACCCCCUGAGCCCCGGGAUCCGCCUCCCGCAAGGAGCCGAUGGAUGGGUGGUUGGACGGAUAGAGUCGUGAUCGGGCCAGCUCCAAGCAAAUGCACGAGAAAGCAGCUUCGCCGAAGAGCUCCACACCUAGCCAGGAGAAACCUGAAGGCUCCCCCAAGGAACGGAACUUGGAUACUCUGGAUGAGAGAACAUUGUUUGAUGCUGGGGCGGGAGGCGAUCAGUCCCCCGACUGGAUGAUGGCCUUUGCAGAGCUCCACCGAUCCCCCGUUCUCUCACCACCAUUUCCACGCGGGCAAGAACCAGAACCUAUGCAUCAGCCAGAGAUCUCAAAGGAUGAAGAAAAGAAGUGCAACAGAGAAGGGAUCCCAAAUAAAUAUAACAAUCAGUAUCACAAGCUAUUCAAGGAUGUCCCCAUAGAUGAAACAGUUUUGAAAGUGUGCUCCUGUGCGCUUCAAAAAGAUAUCCUCAUUCAAGGGCGGCUCUACAUCUCCUCGAAUUGGCUCUGCUUCCAUGCCAACCUCUUUGGGAAAGACAUAAAGGUUGUUAUUCCAGUGGUUUCAGUCCAGAUGAUAAAGAAGCACAAGAUGGCUCGACUCCUUCCAAACGGGUUGGCCAUAACCACCAACACAAGCCGGAAGUACAUCUUCGUGUCACUGAUUUCCCGGGACAGCGUGUAUGAUACACUGAGGAGAGUCUGCACGCAUCUCCAGGCUUCCAGUAAGAAGAGUUUGAGUGUAAAAGAAUACCCAGAUGAACCUGACUCUGAGUCCCUGGUGGCCCUGGUUCCAGAACUGAAGUGGAGGAAGGUGUCCCCAUCAUCCCUGUCCCUGUCCUUGCCAGAGGAAGACUUCGCGUGCAUCCCCCGGACCUCCGUCAGCAGCCUCAGCACUAAGGAGACCUCCUUCCGUUCCCAGGAACCUCUGGGAUCAGAAAGUACUGUAAACACGGAAGAGGAACUGGAGGUGGAAACAGGCUGCAUCACUGAACUGAGGCCCCUGGAUUAUUAUCUCCUCAAACUCUUCUUUGUGCUAAUCUGUCUCUUGGUCGUGUCCUCAUCCUACCUGGCAUUCCGAAUAUUCCGCCUGGAGGAGCAGCUCUGUUCCCUGAAUAGGGAUUACCUCUCUCACGAGCACAGGUGACUGGUCGGGCCCCCGAGCUGAGGUCAUGGUGAUUUUUUUCCAAGAAGAGAGCACUGGGUGUGAAGCUGCCCGGCACUGUUUCCCGUUGGUUCACAUUGCUGCAAUGUUGAGAUAGUCUUAAUGAAUAGAUUUCCCAACUUCUUCUCCUCCUCCAUCCACUUCUGACCCGAGCACCUGUUUACAAGGGGACCAGUCAGUCCCUUUGCCCCAUUGGAUCCAACCCCACUGGACCAGCAGCCCGGCGCGUGGUCCUGGAGGCUGGGGUACAAGUUUCGGCCACUCAUGGCUGCACCAAAAAACCCCAAGUGAUUCCUCAGAAAUGUUCCCUCGGUGGAGAGACCUAAGCCAGGGAUCUUUGAGAGACUGACCCGGGAAAGCCGCAGGAUUUGGGCUCACUUUUGGGGAUUUCAGUGUUUUGCUGCCUUGGGAGAAGAUCCAAGAAUGGGACUGUGCUGGCGCUGAGCAGUGGAGACAUGCCCGGCUUCCAGUUUCCCUCCAACUGUCCCCACUUGGAGGACUAAACGUAAAGACCGUACCUUCCCCUGGCACUGUGGUUCCCUACUUGGAGGGACUCGCAGAUCCAGAGAACUCAAGUUGGUGCCAAAGGGGCUUCCUGUGGAGUGGGGCAGUGCCCCACAUCAAGCGGACGGGAAGUUCCUCCCAGAUGAUGCUGCUGGCUGAGUCAGCGUCCAGCCGGAGAGGCCCAAGGGCCCCACGGUAGACCUACAGUUGCCGACGCGACCAAAUCGGAGCUCAGGACCUGUGGCUUGAAGGGCUUUCACCCUGGAGGAGACAGCACUUUAUUUUGGGACAUGAUUGGAAGCCGAUACCCUGUAGUCACUGGCCUGGCCUGCAUAUUGUAUCAUGGGCAGCAGGCGGGAGGUUCUGCGUUCCGAGGGCCGUGGCACUCCAUUGGCAGGGUGGAAGCGUGAGCAGGGGAGGAAAGGGUGGUAAGGAAUCAACUCCUUGCUUUUGCUGGGAGGCCCAGGAGGGAUGUUUGCUUGGGGAGGAGUCCCUCGAGGCUGAGACCUGCUGGUUGGGCCUUUUGGCCUUGGUGAAAACUGGAGAAAUAGAAUAGAUGGGGUGGGGGGCAGAUGGCCCACCCCGGAACAAACACAAGGAGUGCUGGGAGACACUUUAGGGGCAAUGCUGCAGACCAUUUGAGGUGUCAAAUUGAUGAGAGGUGGGGAGCUUAGGGGCGGUGGGAGAGGUGGAGGAGGGAACCAACAUCUCAGAGUGAGUGUCUGAGGCCAUUUUUGCUGUGAUGGGUCUGGGCCGGGCAGGGGGGAGCUCUACACCUGGCCAUGCCUCACAGAGAAUCUUUUGGCUGAAUUAUCCAGUUUGGCCUUCACUCCGUGCUGCAGCCAGGGGUGGACUGCAGAAGAUGGGUAGACUGGAUCAAGGAGGCCAUGGAGAGCCGUUAGCACUCAGUGGCCUCUGGGGCCCAAUUCCACACAACCUCAGAGGCAGGGCUUUUGUUGAAGGGCUUGGGUAGUUGUUGUGCCUGUGUAGGUCUACCAUGUUCGCUCCUUGCCCCCGGGACAACCUACCAUCCCCAUGGAGUAAAAGAAUCUCUGCUUUCCCCACUGGGACUUCGGGAACAGAGAGGGUGAAGGGCUAGACUCUUCCCAGACUAGCUAAGCCUCCAGCACAUCAGGAUCCCUGUUUCUCUGGAGGGGAGCUCCCUUUCUCUCUUGCAGGGUGAGCAAGAGGUGGGGACGUGCCCUGUCUCUCCUGGGCGGGGGCCCCGUCUCCAGUAGUAGCAGUGACCAUCAGGGGUUUCCCUGGUAGUUGUAACAUUAGAACUUGGAAUGAAAAAGCCCAGAAGGCCCUGACACAUUCCUAGAAAUCAGUCAAUCAGUGAAUGGUCUUUGACGCUUAACUGUGUGCAGAGCACUUGGGAGAGUACAAAACGACAGAGUUGGUAGACCUGUCCCCUGCACACAAGCAGCUUACAGUCUAUAGGAAUGCAACUUCAUGGCCUGAGGACUCAGCAGGGCAUGUGUUUUCUAAGCACAGGCCUCCGUUAGCCUCUGUGUUCAGGUUCCAUUUGCUCAUGGUCACGUUGCCGUGCACUGUCCUGCUCUGCACUGGACUCCAACCUUGAACUGCCAGAAGGGAGAGGGAGAAAAACGUUCCAAGAGGGACACGCUGGAAUCUGGGUGCCUCUGCUCUCUCUGGCUGUCUCUGCGAGGGCCGCUGGAGAGAGAGGCCAGAGACGUUAGUCGGCCCCUCUUGAACUAGUCGAUCUGGACGUCCUGUGUCCACGACAGGCAAGAGCAGAUCUCAGGCAUGGUCCAUUCUCUACCCCGAACAGAGUCUUUUCUUUUUCAGAUGUCGUCUUAGGGCUACAAGGGACUUAGCAGCAAGCCUGCAAUGAGGGUCCUGCCAGCUUAGGGCUGGGGAUUAGCAGGAGUGCAGGGAGCUCUGGAUGGGGGAGAGUGAGAAGAGGAGGGAGAGAAAGGCCUGUUUGAGCCAGAUAUCAGAGAGGGAAAGAGAAGGGUCCAAAGCAGCAGUUGCUUCACUGCCUCUCCCUUCCCCUUCCCACCUCUCCUGCUUCCAACACCCUUUCAGCCCCUACAGGGCCUGGGUAAGCGGUGGGUGUCAGGUGGCACCUACAGUGCCUGUAUAAAUGAACAGUGGGCCUCAGGUGGCCCCUUCAGGGCCUGUGUGAACAGUGGGCCUCAGGUAGCAAAAGUCCUUGCGGGACAAAUGCUGAGUGCUGGUAAUGGACUGAGAGGCCACAGUGAGUGGACAAGGACGAGGCAAGAGGGAGAAGGGGCCCCAGUUGGGAUCCUAGAUAAACGUGAGCCAGAAAUGAGCGUUAGGACGUGGACUGAAUGAAACUGAGCAAGGAAGCUGAGGCAGGGUCAUGCCCCAGCCCUUCGCCGGCCACCACUGAGUGUCCACUUAAGAGAACACACGUUGGGCCAAGAAACUUGAUGUUGUGGUUAUUUUUCCAUUGGGCCGGUGCAGAACAGCGGACGGUUAAGCUUUUGCUGUCUUCUGGGCCUCUUCUGGGGACACCACCCGGAGGGGGCCCCUCUACAGCAUGGUCAGCAGUCACUCACGGUUUUCUCACUCCCUCCUCCUCCAGUUGUCUAGAAGAGCUUGGGUAAUUUCUCCUUGGGUUCAGCCCCCUUCUCCCUUUUGUCCCUUCCCUCAUCCCCUCCAUGUCAGCCCCUCACAUCAUCUGUUCACCCCUCCCAAGGGUGAGGAGAUCAGUUUCCAAUCUUUUCUCCAGGAUCAGUGCACCCAGGGCUUUCUGGGCCCUUCCUAAGCAAGGCUGGGACAGUGAUGGAGGAAAAGGAGCAGCUGAGGACAAGGGCAAGCAGGCAAAGGCCUCUGGCACCUGCCCCAUCGGACACUGGGUCCCUUUAUCCCUCUCCCUCAGCUGAAUUCCUAAAUGCGAUGUCGGGUGUGUGUUUCUCUGCUGUGCACUCGGCAGUAGAAUCCAUUCUGGACCAUGGGGUGGUGGAGACAAGAUGGACUCUGGAUUAAAAAACAAACAAACAAAACCCGUGGAAGUUCUUCCCUUCCCUGCCUGCCUGCCUUCCAGGGUCAGCAGUAGGGCUCCUUGCCCCAGGGCCCCCCGGGCUGCUGGCUGGCCACGCAGCCCUGGCGGAAAGUUUCUCAUGGAGUUGAAAACUCCUCUUUCCCGAACUCUGACCCUUGCUGCUGGCACUAAAGCCCCCCCGGGAACCGGUCCCUGGCCAGCCAAUCAGUGGUCCACUCGGCUUUGUUUCACGCCCGGGCCAGCAUGGUCUGAGACCAGGCAGGGUUGCAAGCCCGAAUGCGGCUGCUGGAAGAGGUGAGAGGUUGCCCGGGACUUAAUGAACCAUGCAACCCCGCGGGCUUCCCAGAAGCAGGCUUCUGGCCCUUCGGGUCCAUCCUGAACCCAGGUGCUGGAGUUGCCCAGGGGGCCCAGGGCCUAUCCCCGUUUGUGUGCUGUCAAGGCUCUGCUGUGGGGCACCGACUCCAUAGGAGCCCGGUCCAGGUGCUGGCUGGCAAUCCCGGCCUAUUAAGCCGUUUCCCUUUCCUGCAGACCCCCAGUCCCCAUAUAGCUCUGAGGGGCAGGAAGCGGAGCCCUAGCUGCCCAAUCAUGUACCCUCCUCUCCCUUCCCUCCUCAACCCAAUGUGCAGAGACAGGAGAAUGGUGGUGUCAGCAGCAAUCUCUCCCUUGUGGGGAGUUAAUUACAUUCAUUCAGUCAGUCAGUUGUAUUUAUUGAGUGCUUCCUGGGUGCAGAGCACUGUACUUAGCACUUGGGAGAGUACAAUAUAACAAUAAAAAGAUACAUUCCCUCCCCACAGUGAGCUUACAGACUAGAUCGAAAGAGGUGAGGGGGCAGACUACUGUCCAUGGCGCACUGAGCCCCUAGCUCUGCGCCCACAUUCUGCAUCCCCACUGCUCCGUUUAGCAACCCUCUCCCUCCCUCCCCUCAGGGCAGGCCUGCCUGCUGGGUGAUGCUCCCAAACUUUGAUCCAGAAGUCAUCCACCACUCAGCCCCAUCCCAGCUCCGAGCACCUUGGGUUGAGACAGGGGCCUGCGGGUUUUGGG